AUGUGGGGAAAAUCCUCCAGCAGUUGUCCUAAGAUUAGCAGAAGCUAUGGCAUGGUGGAUAACCAGGGUCUUCCAGAUUUGAAAUUUUACAAGGCAGAUACGGGUAAAAGGAAAAGAAGUAUGAUGGUCAAGACUCCACAGAGGAAGCAACAUGAUUGUGGAAACCAAUCCAAACCAAAGUCUCGUUUAAGUGUCUCAAUCCCUUUGAGGAUGUCCAGUUACAUAUUCAAGAAGCCAGUUACCAGAAUCACAUCCCAUCCUGGCAAUGAGGUCAGAUGCCAUCCCUGGGAGGAAACCUUGGACAAACCCCAACAGGUGUGCUGGCAGAAGAGGCUGCAAGGUCUCCAGGCUCGCAGCAGCGCGGGGGAACCAUUAAGCACUCUGGAUCUUGCCAAAGCCUUGCAAAAACUUGCACCUAGGUGCACAGGUGAAUAUCUGCCAGGUGUUCUUGCAGGUGGUCUGAACUCCAGCUCCACACCCACCCCUGCCGUGUCUUCGGAUUUGGCAAAGGAGGUUCCAGGAGCUGGUCUGGGUAUCCCACAGCUCCUGUGCAAACAAUUUCUGGUGACUGAGGAAGAUAUCAAGAAGCAGGAAAGGAAAGUGAAGACAGCAAGAGAAAGGUUGGCCACAGCACUGGCUGUAGACAGACUCGCUAGAGAGGCAGAGAAAAGGAGGGGCCAAGAAGGACAUCCCGAAAAGCACCACCAAAAAAGAGAGAAGCUAGCUCAGAUGAAAUGGAGCACGGCACUUUAUUAGUCUCUCUGCAGUGUCCACUAUGUCUUUGCGCUCUG